AUGCACAUGCAAACCGACCCAGUAGCUGCCGAGUCUAGAUUCUUGAGCAUGUACAUGUCCAAUGGCCAUCCAGAGACUUUGAUCGCCUACGCGAAAUGGUACGGGAAAGUGAAGGAGGGGAUAUCCAGUGCGGAGAUGAUGGCGAUCGACUCCAAGAGCAUGACGCUGACGUGUACGCUCGAGUCUGGAUCCAAAAAAGAGGUUCGGGUAGCGCUUAACCCGCCUCUGUCGGGAUACGAUCAAGUCACGUCCCGACUCAUCGAAAUGAAGGCUAUAUCACAGGAGGGCCUCGGGAUGAUCGAGGUCCCGAAAAUCACCACAUUCAAACUCGGAGUGCCCAAAGGCAGUAGUAUCGCGGUGACCGUUGGGAUUACUUUCCUUGUGGCCUUUACGUGGUACAUCUUCUUGGCACCCAUAAACUCGGCCUGUCCAUUUUUCCUCCCUGCGAAUAUCGUCCGGUCGUACCUUGGCUUGCGCGCUGUGGAACUCGGAAUGGGGUUCAUCGUUCUUUGUCAUUUUUUGGAGAGCUUGUAUACGUUUUCGUUAUGUCGGAAACAUUGUACGGGUUUUUUUGUUGGCGCACAAUAUGUCAUUGCGACGAUCGUAGUGGGUUAUCUCAGCUGGAUUAGUCUUAGAGAACAUAUCCGAAUCGCAAGAAUUGGUUCUGUGAUGAAAAUGGAGUAG